AUGGUCAAGGCGUACCUGCGCUACGAGCAGGCGCGUGCCUUCGGCGUCGUCGCCUCCCCCGAGGCGCCGCCGGUCUACGACGACACCGGCAAGCAUCUGGUGACGGCGGCGCUGGAGCGCCUCGCCGUGUGGGACGUGCGUCGCGGUGUCGAGGCCAAGAGCCUCCUCCCUCCGCCGCGCGAGUCCGGCGCGUUGCCCGCGGUGACGCGCAUCGCCCGUGCGGAGGGUAGCGACCUCGUCGCGGCCGGUCACUCCGACGGCACCAUCCGACUCUGGUCCCUGGACGACGCAUCCACCGACGUGCUCCUCAAGGGGCACCGCUCGGAGGUGACCGCGCUGCGGUUCAACGCGAGCGGCUCGAUGCUGGUGUCGGGAGGCAAGGACACCAACGUGGUGGUAUGGGACGUCGUCGCGGAGACGGGUCUGUGCCGCCUGCGCGGACACAAGGAUCAGGUCACGGACGCCGUCUUCGCCGAGGCGGACGCCACCGCCGGCGGCGGUGCGCCAUCCACCGGAUCCUCGGGCGUCCGGCUGGUGACCUGCAGCAAGGACGCCACGGUGAAGGUGUGGGAUCUGGACACCCAGCACUGCGCGCAGACCGUCGCGGCGCUCGGCGCGGAGUGCUGGAGCAUGGACGUGGACCCGACCGGCAGGCGGCUCGCGGUGGGAACCUCCGACGACAGGCUCCACCUCUUCGCCGUCAACCGCGGGUACGACGACGGAGAGGAAGAGGCGGACGAGAACGGCGCCAGGGUUCCCAUGACGCAGGCGCAGAAGGCUGCCUCCAUCGCGGACGCUUCGAACCUGUUGACCCCCGUCGGGCACGUGCCGCGAUCGGACAAGUCGCGGGUGUCCCACGUGAGGUUCGACAGAGCCGGCGGCGGUCUGCUCGGCGUGCAGACCGUGGGGCGCGCGAUCGAGGUGUGGCGCGUGCGCUCCGCGUCGGAGAAGGCGAAGCGGCUCAAGCGCAAGCAGAAGCGCCGGCGCGAGAAGGAGAAGCUUCGCGCCAAGGAACGAAACGCCGAGGAAGAUCAGACGGAGACGGCUUGGGACAAGGACGCCGAAGGCGAGGGGCUCACCGCGGCGGACGAGCUCGAGCUCGCGACGGUGGUCCGCCCGAAAGCCAAGACCCGGGGCUUCGCGUGGGCGCCGAGGCAGCGAAGACGUCCGGGCAUCCGCGCGGUCGUCGCCGUGCUCCUCGAUAACAACGCGUUCGAGGAAUGGGAAAUCGGUCAAGACGCCGACGGGGUGGUGGCCGAGGAACCCACUAAGAUUCGCACCAUCGACGCGCAAGGCCACCGCGCCGACGUUCGCGCGCUCGCCCUGUCCCCGGACGACGGCACCCUGCUGACGUGCUCGAACAAGGGCGUCAAGGUUUGGAAUCCCGAGGACGGCGCGUGCCUUCGAUCGGUGGACGGCGGGUACGGGCUCUGCGCCGCUUUCGCCCCCGGCGGUAGGCACGCCGUCGUCGGAACAAAAUCCGGCGCGCUGGAGAUUGUGGACACGCAGGCUGGCGUGCAACUGUCGGGCAUGCGGGACGCGCACGCCGGCGCCGUGUGGGGCGUGGCUCUGCUUCCCGACGGAUCCGGCUUUGUCACCGCGAGCGCGGACAAGACGGUUAAGUUUUUUGAGUGGCGACUCGUGGACGUCGAGGACGACGAGGACGAGGGCGGCGAGGGCCGACGCGAGCUGGGCAUCGCGCACGUGAAGACGCUGCAGAUGGCGGAGGACGUUCUCUCCGUGAAGGUCACCCCCGACGGGAAGCUCCUCUCGGUGUCGCUGCUGGACAACACCCUCAAGGUUUUCUUCGUGGACUCGCUCAAGUUUUUCCUCUCGCUCUACGGCCACCGGUUACCCGCGCUCUGCCACGACGUGUCGUCGGACUCGCAGCUUCUGGCGUCGGGCGGUGCGGACAAGAACAUUCGGAUCUGGGGUCUCGAUUUCGGCGACUGUCACAGGUCGGUGUUUGCCCACGAGGACAGCGUCACGUCGAUUGCGUUUGUGCCAAAGACCCACUACCUUUUCAGCACCGGAAAGGACCGCCUCGUCAAGUACUGGGACGCCGAUAAGUUCGAGCCGUUGCUCACGCUGCAGGGCCACCACGCGUCGGCGUGGUGCGUCGCGCUGUCGACGCGCGGCGAGUUCGCCGUCACCGGCGGUCACGAUCGCGCGAUUCGCGUGUGGGAACGAACGGACGAACCCUUCUUCGUGGAUGAAGAAAAAGAGAAGCGUCUGGAAUCCCUUCUGGAGGAGGGCGGCGCGGAAGACGACGGCGACGACGACAGGAUCGCCGCCGCCGCGAGGGAAAAUGCGAGCGCCAACGGCGGCGUCGCGCCCGCGGGGGCGGAGGCUGGCAUGGCGGGGCGAAAGACACUCGAGACGCUCACCGCCGCGGAUCAAAUUGUCGACGCUCUCGACGAGGGGGCUGAGGACGACGACGACGAUGACGCCGCCGACGCGGUCGUGGUCAACAGCGCAUCCUUAUCCGCGUACGGAUACAAUCCCUCGUAUCCCAGCGGCCUUCCUCCCAAUCCCUUGCUCAUGGGUCAGAGCCCCGAGCGGUACGCGUUGUCUGCGAUCGAGAAGGUUCGCGCCGCGGAUCUGGAGCAGGCUGUGCUGGCGCUUCCAUUUUCAUCCGCGUUGACUCUUUUGGAUUACCUGGGCGGCUGGCUCGAAGCUGGCGAGAAGACGGAGCUCACGUGCAGGCUCGCGUCGCUCAUCGUCCGCUUACACUACGUUCAGCUGGGCGCCACGCACAGGGCUCGCGCGGUGCUGCUGAGGCUGAGGCCGCUGCUGAGGAAGCGAGCGAAGGAGCUUCGCGACUUGAUGGGUUUUAAUCUCGCGGGGAUGA